UGAUCCACCACCCCUUUGAGGCGGGCAGGCCCAGAAUCAGAUGCUUCCAGAGCCAAGAUGGCGGCUCUCUACGGCAGCGAAGUGAAGUGCGUCAGUGUGGAAUGGGACUUUUUGCAAGGGCUGCUGGUGAAGAAUCAGCCUGUGCCCUGCCUCCAGGCCCUGCGUAAGGAGAAAUCCCGCAACGCGGCCCGCUCUCGCCGGGGCAAGGAGAAUUUCGAGUUCUACGAGCUGGCCAAGAUGUUGCCUUUGCCCGGCGCCAUCACCAGCCAGCUGGACAAAGCCUCCAUCGUCCGCCUCACCAUCAGUUACCUCAAGAUGAGGGACUUCACCAGCCACGGAGACCCGCCCUGGAGCCCGAGGGCGGAAGGACCCUCCCUGGCAGCCAAAACUCCUGGCAGGAGGAACAUGAGUGCGCUGCUGACAGAACUCUUCGAACAGCACCUGGGCGGUCACAUCCUGCAGUCCCUGGAUGGGUUCGUGUUUGCGUUGAACCAAGAGGGAAAAUUCCUUUACAUCUCUGAGACGGUGUCUAUUUACCUCGGGCUCUCGCAGGUGGAGCUUACUGGGAGCAGCAUCUUUGAUUACGUCCAUCCAGGGGACCACCCGGAAGUUGCUGAACAGCUGGGGCUGAAGCCCCCCUCAGGCCCCUCUCCACAGAGUCGCCCCAAAGCUUCCCUGUUGGCUGCUGCUGGGCUACGAGAGGCCUCUGAAUCGGAUCCCGCUGGUCCCCCUGCAGCAGAGGCUGAUGCCUUGGAGCGCUCCUUCUUCAUCCGCCUAAAAUCCACCCUGACCAAGAGGGGGCUUCACGUGAAGACUUCCGGCUACAAGGUGAUUCACGUGACGGGCCGCCUGCGCCCCCGCCUGCCCUCCUUCUCCCACACCCACACAGUGCUGGGCCGGGUGAUGGGCAUGGUGGCCCUGGCUCACACCCUCCCACCUUCCACACUCAGCGAGAUUCGCAUCGAGUGCCACAUGUUUGUCUUCCGGGUCAACAUGGACUUGCAGAUUGUGUACUGCGAGAGCAGGAUCAGCGAUUACAUGGACUUGUGCCCCUCGGAGCUGGUCGGCAAAAGCUGCUACCGAUUCAUUCAUGGCGAGGACGUGGAGGGCAUCCGGCAAAGCCACUUGGACCUGUUAAACAAAGGCCAGGUGGUGACCCGCUAUUACCGCUGGCUGCAGAAGACCGGGGGCUUCGUGUGGGUCCAGUCCUGUGCCACCAUCUCAGUCAACGUCAAGAACCCGAGUGAGAAGAACAUGGUCUGGGUGAACUACAUCCUGAGCAAGCCCGAGUACAAGAACACUGCCCUGGACAUCUCCCAGCUCCCUGGGAUUCCUGUGCGGCAAACGGAGACGGCAGACGCAGGGCAAGAUUUCAAAGAGAGCGGCCUUGCCCCAAAGAUCAGCCAAGGGAAGCGUUACUCUCCCAACAAAGCGAGCUCCCUGGCUGAGGCCUAUUCCAGGAGCGCAGUAGAGGCCGGUACCCAUUGCCGCAUGACCGAGACCGAUUCCAGCGACCCCGAGACCAACUACAGGGAUGAGGAGGCCUCGGAUGAAGCGGGCGGGAGCGACCUGGAAGGGCCUCCAGGCAAGCGAAUAAAGCUGGAGCUCCAAGCGGACAGCCCGCCCCGGGAAGCCAAGGAUGCCUCGCUCGCCAGCUCCGAGGAGUCUGACAGUAGCAGUGAGGCUGAGCUGAGCUUCCUCCCUCGGCAGAAGGUGCCGCUGGCGAAGAAAGUGAACGGCUGCAAGGCUGGGGGGAGAAGCGGCACGGGGGUCCUCCCGUGCACGUCCGAGUUCGCCUCCGUCAUCCAGACCCAAAAGAGCUCCACUCCAAAAGGCAACGCAGCACUCGGUAUUAAGUCCGAGCAGGACCCUGGCACCAAAGGGCCCGCUUGGACCUGCCCCGCCACCCACAAGGGCGGCCCUUACACUGUGAAUAAAGCACUUACUUUAGAGAAGCCCGUUUUGAGGCCGGCCUCUUCCCAUUUGUACGUCUCCAUCCCAGACUCUGUGCUCACCCCGCCCGAGAUGGAUGGCAGCGCAGGAAAAGGGCCUUUUGGCACCUCUCCCCGGGCUGGCCCUACGGCGUCCUCCUCGGCGGACACGCUCUCGCCCCCGCUCUCUGGAUCCCCCUGUGAGGAGAGGGCCGCAUCAACGCCAUUCACCCCGCUGGUCUAUCCGGCCGAGAUGGAGGUGCUGCAGAGGUUCCACACGGGCAACAUGGUGCUGCCGCUGGUACACCAGCUCGGCAGCCCGCACGCCAACACAACGGGCUCCCAGGGCCUCUACACCACCAGCACCAUCCGGUACGCCCCGGCCGAGGUGACUCUAGCCAUGCAGAGUAACAUGCUGCCCCCUUCCCACCCCAUCAACCUCAUGGACAUUGGCAGCGCGGAGGCCAAGACUUCCCGAGAACUCAUGUAUCACCACCUGCAACGGCUGAACAUGGUUGCACCAUUCGGGAACUCUGCCGGUUUCGCUCAGCUUUCCGGGGGAGCGUUUGCGGCUACAGACUCCUUGUUUUCCACCCUGCCCUUUUCUGUGGCCAGCGGUGGGGUUCAUGGCACGCCAGCUUUGGAACGCAAGGAGGACUGA